AUGCGAAAGACCCCGAAAAUCGCGCACCUAGCACCUCCGCGUAACGCAACUUACUCGCGCUCCGUCACUUCGACUGAAAAACAACGCUGGAAGUUGGGGAAGGGGGGUACCAAAAGACAGGGAUAUGGAACGGAAACAAACCUACCUUCCAAGAAAGUACCAUCCUACGUCCUCAACGCCCGCGACAACACUGGAGCACCCCCCUUUGUCACUACAAAGAAAAGAGAGGAAGAGCAGAAACACCAAGAUCCACUAUCGCGCUCGCUCUGUCCCAUCUUUCUAUACUACCCCAAGCGCCCAAAUCCGGCUCUCUCCGCCCUCAAAAGCAGGUUUCCUUGCGCGCCUUAUCGGGCUCACAUGUGGGAGACUUGGGUGGCGAUUAUCAGAAGACGAGAUGCAGAAGUUCGGGUGUUGAAACGAAAGGAGGGAGAUGGAGGUGUGUGGGAAGGGGAUUUGAUUGGUCAAUGGAUGGAGGAGAUUGGCGAUGGGGGUAAUUAAUCGGGGUGAUCUGUAUUAUCUGUUGAUAGAUGAUGGCGUUGGCUUAUCUUUUUGACGGUGAGUAGCUCGUGGUGAGCACGCGAAAAUGUUGGAGCAGUUCGUUGGGAGAGGAUACGUUUACCGUCUCCUUGGUUUUACU